UCUUUGACGUCAGGGGGAGCGCAAACGGAGCGGCAGCGCCUCGCACAAGCCCGGCCAACAGCAGCAGCAGCAGCUCAUCUCUCUUGAAGGCAAGGAGCGCACAACCCCGGGCACAAAUCGCCAUUUAGCUGGAGUGUGGCGAAUCCCAUCAGUGCGACAGGAUGCCUCUAGGAGAGGACGGCAAUGGGUGGAAGAAGAAGACGUCGGACAUUAAAGAGCAUUAUGACUUCAAAGAAGUGCUGGGGACGGGAGCUUUCUCGGAAGUGCUUCUCGCCGAGGAGAAGAGGACACAGAGGCUGGUGGCUAUCAAAUGCAUCCCCAAGAAAGCUCUGGAAGGCAAAGAGAACAAUAUAGAGAAUGAGAUCGCAGUACUGCACAGAAUCAAGCACGCUAACAUCGUCUCGUUGGAGGACAUCUUUGAAAGCACGUCUCAUCUGUACCUCGUCAUGCAGCUUGUGUCAGGCGGCGAGCUGUUUGACAGGAUUGUGGAGAAGGGCUUCUACACUGAGAGAGAUGCCAGCCAGCUCAUCCACCAGAUUUUGGAUGCGGUCAAAUAUCUUCACGAUAUGGGAAUUGUGCACAGAGACCUGAAGCCGGAGAAUUUGUUAUAUUACAGCAUGGACGAAGACUCGAAGAUCAUGAUCAGUGACUUUGGCCUGUCCAAAAUUGAAGGAGCGGGCAGCGUUAUGUCCACAGCCUGCGGGACUCCCGGAUAUGUGGCUCCUGAGGUGCUGGCCCAGAAACCGUACAGCAAAGCGGUCGAUUGCUGGUCCAUAGGAGUCAUUUCUUAUAUUCUACUUUGCGGGUAUCCUCCAUUUUACGACGAGAAUGACGCCAAGCUAUUUGAACAAAUCUUGAAAGCGGAGUAUGAAUUUGACUCUCCAUACUGGGAUGAUAUCUCCGAAUCAGCCAAAGACUUCAUCUGCCACAUGAUGGAAAAAGAUUCUUUGAAAAGAUACACAUGUGAACAGGCCCUUCAGCACCCAUGGAUCUGUGGAGACACCGCUCUGGACAAGAACAUCCAUGAAUCCGUCAGUGCUCAAAUCAAGAAGAACUUUGCCAAAAGCAAGUGGAAGCAAGCGUUCAACGCCACGGCAGUGGUCCGCCACAUGCGCAGGUUGCAGCUGGGCACCAGCGUGGAGGGGCCCAGUCAGAUAACUCCCACCAGUCCCUGCCACGGACUCCUGCUGCCCGAGGAGGAAGAAGAAGAUGAAUUGGGGAAUGGAGAGAACGAGAGUUUGUCGCACUACAGCGAUGACCGCCGUGGAAGCGCAGAGGGCAGCACUGACCGAGACAGCCUGAGGAGCUGCACAUACUGCUGCAGGCCGGCCAGUCGCAUCUGACCGCAACCUCACUGUCUUUUUUUUUCUUUUGCUAAAUGAUAAUAUUGAGACCCUGUGGAGUGCACAGAGGGCUGCUGCCCACCCAGUCUGGCUCAGAAUGCAGAUUAGUGAUCAAAAGACCUGAGAUGGUACCCUUAUGACAGACAUUGUUUGCUUAGUUGUCACAUCUACCCAGUUUACCUAAAGGUCAUCUGCUUGUUUUGACUUCUUUCAUCCCCAUCCCUGAAUCCAGGUUUUCUUUUAUGUCUCCACAAGGGGGAGCUAAUGACUGAAUGCAUGGAUCACUUGUGAAUUUUGCUACUGACUGCAAAAUCUAUUGAAAGAUUAAAUAGUUGGACAUGUGAGUUCAAAAGGUCAAUAAGUCAAGACUGUCAUAAAGGAACAAAAAAAAAGCUAGGUCGUACUUGCCUGCAGCGUGAACCGAAUCACACCUUUGAAGUUAAACGAUUGAAAGGAAGUCUCUCUUUGCUCUGCCUCAGACUGGGUUGGUGACAAGCCGUGCUGACCUGAAAGUGUAUGCAUGAUAUUGGGGGAAGGUGGAAAUAAUGAAGAGUCUAUUUUUUGGGUUCGUUUUAUGGCUGUUCUGUUAUUAAAGGCUCACACUGAGAUCCCCCUCAUGAGAUUAUCUUUCAUGAUUUUUUGGAAUGGGCCAAACAGCCCAGGUGGAAAAGCCCCAAAACACCAAUGCAUCCAUUUUCUAUACGAUAAGGCCAAGCACACCCUGGACAAAAUUAAAAAGAUAAAAAAGUUUCAUCAUAUAUAAAAUAAAAAGCAUUUUGCUCAUUACUACCCGGGGUCUCAGUGUGGGCGCAUUGCCUGCUCUGUGCUGUGCAACCUCUAGUGGAAGUCGGUCUACUGUUUGCAUGACCUGGUUAAUUAAAUAUGUUUACAUAAAUGAUGAUCAAUUAGUAUACACACAUGACAAUGAUAAUGAAUAUGAUGAUUAUUAUUAUUCUGUUGUAUUGACAAUGAUGUACUUCUGUAAUUCUUUUGAGCUAUAUAAUGUGAAGUGAGUAACACCAAAAGUAAUGUUGACAAAGUACAAAAACACAGCACAGUGGACGUUUUGUUUGACGUUUUUUUUUUUUAAGGUCUAUUCAUGUGUUAAGUACUAAAUGGGCAAACGUAUUGGGACACAUCCCACAAGAAGUGGAAAUGGAAGACAUUAUGAGGUUUUCUCAGGCUUUUGCAAGAACUCUUAAUUGUGAAGUUGGGGGAUGUAACAUCUUGAUCUCUUUUGUGUUGAGAUAAAUGCUCAAAGGAGAUGAGGAAAGAUGAAUCAUUACCAUUUGAAUAUGUGUCUCCUUACUUUUGUCCAUGUCUUAUUCAUCUCAAAGUCCCCUGUCAUGUGUAACGAUGAAAAAAAAAAUACAUAUCUUGGUUGGACAAAAGUGCCAACGACAAAACAAAUGAGUAUAAGGGAAAAAAAGGAUAAAAGGGAAAAAAUCACAUGGACUGCAGUCCCAAAGCCAUACUCAUGAAGUCAAAAUGCCUGAGUGCACAUACAUCUUUUUUAGUGUGUGACUGAGAAAAAGAAAGAUGGAUGUGAUUCUCAGACAGAAAAGAGGAAGACAACAACUUGGGGAUGGUGAAAUAAAUCUUUCCUUGAGUCACGCGAUCAUCAAAUCAGGCCGUAUUGAAUCAUGUUUUUGUAUGUUGACCCAUACUUCAAACAGGUUAACCAUAUUGUGCAGUAAAAAAAAAAAAAGAAA